AUGGGGAAUGUCAAAGGUGUUGUUGAAAUAAAUCUUUCGAAAUAUCCAGAUUUUAGUGUUGAAACUCAUCCAGCUAUCGGUAAUGAAGAAUGUUGUACAAAAAAUGGUCAGAUAUAUAGUAUUACUGUUCAACCAAAUGAAUCAAUUGAAGCUGAACUUAUUCUUAUACCAACUGAAAUUGCAUUUUAUGAAUUUUUUCUUCCAAUACGAACAUGUCCACCAUUACUGAAUGUCGAAGGUUUAUCUCAAGCAUCUAAACCUCGAUCAGCUUCACAUCCUGACCGUGAAAUAAGUGCAUCUGAACGACAAUCCGUACAACCAUCACAUCCACCAAUACGUCGUCGUAUACAUGCAACAGCAUUAUCAGAUUGUUUACAAUUAUCAACAAAAGAUUUACAUUUUCAAAUGUAUCCAACACAAUUUAAUGCCAUGAAACAAAAUGCUUAUUUUGAUUGUCAAGAAAUUAUAUUAAUGAAUAAUAGUAAAAAACGAAUACAUUGGCAACUUGAUUUACGUAAUAAUGUGACAUUAGAUCAUGAUAUAUUUCGAGUAUUACAUUCAUCACUUACAGCAUUUGUAAGUUCAUCAACAAGUAUGGGUCCGGAAGGAGAAAUUGAUUCGAAAGAAAUAUUUUCAUUUAAAAUUAAUUUUGCACCAAAUAAACCUGGGACAUAUAAAACACGUAUACCACUUUAUAUAAAUCAUAAUCAAGAAACACCGUAUACAUAUAUUGAAUUAACCGGUGAAUUAUUACUACCGAAAUUAAUAUUUGAACCAAGACGUUUAAUUCUUCCACCAGUACCACUUGAUAUUGAAAGUACUGGAACAGUUCGCAUACGACCAGAAGGUUUUGAAAAAAAUACACGAUUAAUUAUCUUAGCUAAUGAUAAACCAAUUGAUGCUUCAUAUGAAUUUCGUGCAGCAUUUACUGAACCAGCAAUAAUUAAUAUGGAUAAACCACAAGAUUUUCAAAUGAAAAUAUCUUUUAGUAGUACUCAGUCAUAUUCAGAAUUGAUUGUUCUGAAAAUAAUUGAUGAAGAAAAAAAUUGUUUUGAAUAUGAAGUUUAUGUUACAGCUGAUAAUUCAAUAUUUACAUGUUAUUCAUUUUUAUGGAAAUCAGAAAAUGAUUAUCAAAUUGUUGUACAACCAGGUCAAAUUAUGAAAGGAAGUCGAAUUAAAUCUGAUGAAAGUAAUUCAAGUGGUGAACCAUUAUUAGUUCAAAAACGAGCAGUAACAAGUUCAAGUUCACGACCGAAUACAAGUACAAGUGCAACAUUUGAUCAAACUGAUCAUACAAUGGAUGAAGGAUCCAUUGAAGACAAUGCAUCAGGGCAAAAUCGAAAUGAACGUUCUCCGACACCUUAUGGUCAUAUGCAUUCUAAUUCAUCACAUACACUUAAUGAGGGAACAACUUUUACUCAAGAAUUACAUGCUGCUUCAAUGCCAUAUUUAGAUAAUGAAUCUAAAACAGUGCAAUGGCUUGUAUCAACUCUUGAACGAUGGUAUUCUAAUCAAGGUUGGCCUAAAGAUAUAAAUCCAGUUCGAAUUCCUCAAUCAUUUCGAAAUGGAUUAUUUCGUCGACAAUUUGAAACAAAUGGAACAAAGCAAACUGCAAAAGAAGAACAAAAAACAAUAUAUGAUAUGAUAACAUAUUUAAGUGGACAUUCAUUACCAGGUAUACCACAAAAUGCUGUUCCACCAAAAAAGAAAGAUGAAGCAACAAAACAAUAUUUAUGGCAACAUCGUUUACUAUUAUUAUUUUUAAAAACACAAGGUUCGUGUACUGCUUUUAUUCGUCCAGAAUUUCUUCUUCCACCAGAUUUAUAUAAAGUUUAUGCACAAAUGCGUGAUAAUGCUUUAUCACCAAGUUUACCAACUGAUCAAAAAGAUACUGAAUUUGCUCAUGAACGUACAAAACCACUUCAUCUAUCAAAUGAAGUUUUUGAAGCUGUAUCUAAAAAAUCAUGGAUUGAUGUACUUAUGCAAAUUCUUAAAACUCUUGUACUUGGUCGUGUUACUCCUAGAUCUUAUGAACAAUUAGGUAUUCCUGAUCGAACUCAACCAAUGCCUGAUAUAAAUACUGAUCCUGUAUCAAGUAAUAUAUAUGGUAUUAGUGAACGAAUUUUAUUAACAUGGCUUAAUUAUUGUUAUUCAAAUUAUCGUGAACGAGUUUGGGCACAUCGUGAACAAUCUGAUAUGCCAUCUGGUCGAUGGAUUGUUAAUUUUGAUAUUGAUCUUGUGGAUAGUAUUGUACUUGCUACAGUAUUAGGAGCUUAUUGUCCAUUUUUAAUUGAACCUCAAUUAAAACGUAUGUAUGUUCAUCCAACAAGUGGUGAACAAUAUUUACAAAAUGCACUUAUACUUGUUUCUUGUUUAUUACAACUCGGUCUUGAAUAUGAUCUUCAAGCAUUAGAUAUAACACGUGCUGAUCCUAUAUGUAUGUGUUUACUUGUUUGUUAUUUAUAUGAACAUUUAUCGGAUUUCUUAACUCGUGGUACAAUACAAUUUACUGGUAUUUUACAUGAACCAUCAACAUCACAAGUUAAAAUAACAAAUCCAAGUCCACAACCAUUAGUUUAUUCAUUAAAUGUUAUUGGUCGUGAUGCUGAUGAAUUUCAACUUGUCAAAGGUAAUACAUUAAGUAUACCAGGCAAAACAUCAUUAUUGGUUGCUGUACAAUGUAAAAAUAAACGUCUUCGACCCACUGAUGCUGUUCUAUUAUUAAAUGCCAAACGAUUAAAUGCAUGUUCAGGUACACCUAUGGUUUUUAAUUUACAAGGUUCAAUACAAACAAUAACAGCAAAAAAAACUCAUCGAAUAGAAGCACCAAUUUAUAAAAUAACGAAAUCAGCACUUGAGAUAACAAAUCCAUUUGAUCAAGGUGGAUUAUUUCAAGUUGUUCUUAUUAAUUCAUCUGAAAAUACACAAGAAAUGAAAAAUCCAUUAGCUACAUUAAAUGACGAAAAUAAAAAAGCAACAAUUGAAGAAUUAUUUCAAAAUUUUAAAAAAACGAAAAAACAAAUAAGUCAAGAUAUUGAUUGUUUCUUUAUUGAACAAAAUGCAAUUGAAUUAAAAGCACAUGAAACAACACAAUUUGAAGUACAAUAUAUUGCAACAACAGCUAAACGUCGUGAAGCAUUACUUGUAUUUAUGAAUGAAAAAAUUGGAGAAUUUCUUUUUCUAAUCGAAGGUAUUCCAAAGAAACCUGAAUCAUUUUCCAUAUCAGGCGAAAAAGCAAUAAAAGUUGAUCAGAAAAAAGCUAAACCAGGAAAAGUACGAUUUCGAGCUGUAGUUGGCGUAUCAAGUGUAUUCGAUAUUGAUGUUCCUGUUCAUAAUAGUCAACGACACAAUGCUCUAGUUGCUGUUCGUUGGCAGGGAUUAUCAGAACGCGAACGACAAAAGCAAACAUUACUUGGUUUAACUGAACAAUUACCUGAUUCAGCAAAUAAAUCUUUACAUCCAUUUUCUCGUGUACCUGAAUUUAAAGUUCAAUCAUCAUCAACAACAACAAAUUUUGUUUUUCCAUCAAAUCUAUCAUUUCCACUUGAAGAAUUAACUGUUAAAUUACCAUUUCGUUUUCAAGCUGAUAAAGCAGGCGUUUAUUUAACAAAAAUAACAUUAGCAUGUGGUGAUGAUAUGCGUGAAUUUGAAGUUGAAGUUAAUUGUAUGACACAGAGUGAAAAUGAAAAACAAGCAGCAACAUUAUUUAUGAGAACAAGUGUAUUUGCACCUGUACAACAAAAUAUUCCGAUUGCAAAUUCAACAGAAGAUGAUUGGAAUGUAGAAGUUAGUAUUUCGGGUCAUAAAGCAUUUUCUGGACAAAAAGCAUUUCGUGUUGAAGCAAAAUCAGUUUAUCAAUAUUUAUUAACAUUUAAUCCACAAAUUGAAGAUGAUAAAUUUGCUGGUCAAAUGAUAAUUCAUAAUAUUGAUUUAGGUUUUCAACAAACAUAUAUCCUACGUGGUAAAUCUGAUCGUGGACCACCUAUUGGUCAUUUACAAAUUGAAAGUAAAGUUGGCACAGCAACAACUCAUUCUAUUGAUAUAUCAAAUAAACGAACGAAACGUACAGCAUACUUUGUAACAUGUAAUCUUCCAUUUGUACAUGGACCACCCUAUAUUUGUAUACCACAAAAGAAAACAGCUCGAUAUGAUUUUGAAAUAUGUUCACCAAAACGUGGCAAUUAUAAAGGUGUUGUAGUUUUUCAACCAGGACCAUGGCCAAUUAAAGAUGUUGAUUCUGAUGGAGAUGAAAUUCCAGCACUUGAACCCGAUCAACCAACUGAUUUUCAAUAUUCACUUUGGUUUACAAUUGAUAUUGAUGUUGAACCACCAAAUCCACAAUCAACAGUCGAUUUAACAGCACCAUGUUUAGGUUCAAAUUCAUUAAUUAUUCCAUUGAAAAAUCCACUUGAUCAUCCAAUACGAUUAGAUGUUGAAUUCGAAACAUUACCAGAUGUUUUUGGUGUUGAAUCAAUUGAAAUAGAAGCAAAUGGUGAAGCACGUUAUGAACUUCUCUUUAAACCGAAAACAGUUGGUAAUUGGAAUGGAGGUUUGAUUUUUUAUAAUGAAGAAAUUGGUGAAUUUUGGUAUGAACUUAAUUUAACAAGUACAAAUCCACGAAAAGUUGAUUUACAAUCUAUGAACGCACCACUUGGAGGAAAUACUGCACAAGAAAUAACACUUGAAAAUCCUCUUGAUGAACAAAUAACAUAUCAAACAGUAAUGACAAAUAAUAAUAAUUUUACGCUAAAUACUGAUCAAGAUACAAUUACAAUUCCACCUAAAAGUCAAGCAAAAAUUAAUAUUAUAUUUAAUCCAUCAUCAAUUGGAACUGGUAGUGAACAACAACAACAUCAAACAAAUAUUUCAUUUGUUAAUGAAAAGAUUGGUACAUUAACAUACAAUGUUAAGGGUGUUGGUACAAAACCACAAACACUUCAAUCUGCUAUUAUAAUGAAAACUGAAAUUGGUGUUAGUACAACAACAGACAUUAGAUUUCAAAAUCCAUCGAAUCAUCCUAUUCGAUGUGAACUAUCUCUAUCAACUGGAAACAAUAAAUCAUUUCAUAUUUUACUUGAUAAACUUGAACAUAUAUCAUUAGGACCACGAGAAAAAUUUCCUAUUCCAAUUGCUUUCUGUCCAGAAAUCUUAGCUCGACAUGAUGCACAAUUACGUAUUAUUGGAAGAUUACCACCAGGAAAAACUUGGUCACCAGACAGUACUGAUGCAUCAGAAUUAUCAUGGACAUAUCCAUUACAAGGUAUUGCUUUUGACUGGAUACAUCAACGAGAAGAAACUGAAAAUGAAUUGAAAAUAAUUGAAUGUAUAUGUGGGGAACGAAUUGAAGAACAACUUGAAUUUGAAUUAGAUGCUGAAUUAUUUCGUUUUGAUGAUCGACAAAUAAAUAUGAAAAAAAAUUCUACUAUUAUUGAAAAUUAUACAAUUCUUAAUGAAAAUAGUUCAAAUCAAGAUUUUAUUCAAAAUUCAAUUGGUAUUCAACUUCGUAAAAAUGAUAAUGGAAAAACAAAUAUUAUUCGUUUUAAUAUUGUUUAUACACCAACAAAAUUUACUACAAUGGAUUGUGUACUUAUUUUAACACUUGCAACAGGUGGACAAUUAAAAUAUCCUAUACGUUUUACUACACUUGAUGCACCACCCGAUGAUGAAAUUACAGUUGAAGCUGUUGGUCUUAAUAAAGUAUCAACUGUUGGUUUCCGUUUAUAUAGUCCAACAAAUUCACCUAUGGCAUAUCAAGCAUAUUUUACAUCAAAUAGUGAUCGAUCAUUUAGUAUAACACCAGAUUCUGGAGAAUUAUUACCAGCUAGUUCAAAUGGAACUUUAUUAAAAUUAUCAUUUUGUCCAACUGUUUAUGGACGAAUUUUUCAUGGAAUGUUAAUUAUUGACGCAAAAGAUAAUCAAUGGAAAUAUGUUGUUCAUGGAGUAUUACCACAAUAUGAACCACCAAAGACUCAUUCAAGUCUUCCUUCUGUUAACAGUGAAGAAAUUGCUAAUCGACGCGGAACAAAAAAACGAAAUUUUAUUCUUGAAAAUCUUCAACUUCAUCAAACUGCGAUAUCGUCACCAAUUAAAGGUGCAUCUGUAUUAACAAAAACAAAUGAAACAACCAGUGUUUAA